UGAUAUAAAAAAUCCCUAAGCCGGUGUGAUUUUCCAUAAAUGGAAGCCAAAUAUAAAAGCAGGUUGAAAACUUUUAAAGGGCGUGGAAUAAUCAUACAGGGAAUACUUGAAUCAACAUCGGACUCACGGAAAAGUGUGACUUUUCACAGCCGCUCUCCAUCUGCUUACCAACCGGACCCUCGGUCUCCUCCUCCUCCUCCUCGUCAUCCUCAUCACGGUCCUCCUCGUCCUCAUCACACCUCCUCCUCGCUCAGUCUCACCUCUGCAGCCUCUGGAGGAAGUUGAAGUGACUUACGGCGUUGCUUUUUCAGAGCAGAAACAAAUCUUUCAGCGAGGAGAAGGAUGCUGGGCUUCCUUGGAUGCUUUGCUUGUCUUUUGGUGGCUUCUGUUGUCAAUGCAAAUGGUCGAGUGUUUGUGGUGGAGCUCGGGAACGCGUCUUCCAGUUCGUCGUUCAGUGACGCCGAGCGGGCUUGCGCCUCCCGGCGGGCCCGGCUAGCGGUGACCUCGGAAUUGAGGCACGCCGUCAUGGAGUGUUUCUUCUCCUCGUGCACCCGCGGGUGGCUUUACGGGGGCUCCCUCGGCACCACCGUGUGUAGCUACGUAGGCGGCUCGCUAAAGGCCGUGGACGUGAGGACGGAAAACGCCACGGGCGACUCCAGAAGCUCGAGCGGAUUCUGUAUCAAAGAUAAAGGAGUGGCGUGCGGAGACCCCCCUUCCUUCCCCAACGCCCGUCUGCAGGGCCAAGACGGUUUUGAGCUGGGCGACGAACUCCUCUACACAUGCGUGCCGGGAUACGUCAUGCCCAACGGUCACAGCGCCUUCAGCUUGUUGUGCGACAGCUGUGGCGAGUGGUACGGACUGGUCCAGAUUUGCGUCAAAGACUCAACAGAGACUCACGUGGAUUACGAUGACCAGUUCACGUACGCCGAUGCGGACAAUCAGAACGAGGACGACGGGCCCGUGGAGGUUCACGAGAUCACGAUCCACACGGAAGAACCCAGGGACCAGGAGCUGCAAGAAAUCCACUUUCAAAGAGAAGAAGUGGAUUCAAAUCUGGAUGGUCAGCAUGAGAUGGAAGUAGACGCCGCGGAAACAAGCGAUAAGGAACGAGGCGUGGUGGACUCCGUCGAGCACCCGAGUUGGGGGCAGGAAGUGGUGACCACGGCGUCCACAGACCCGCCAGGCUCCCUCUUGACCCAAAAACACCUCUUCUGGUUCCCCUCGGAGACCUUCCAGCAAGAACAACACCCGGUUUCCGUGGACCCCGUGACCACCACUCAGCGGACCUCCGGCGGCCAAUCCGAGGAGAACCUCAACAGUGAGCAAGAGAGUCUCACUCCCCAUGUCAGUCAAGUGGAACAAAUUCCAGUUGAGCAGGAAGAGCUGGACCACCAAGACCGCUACGAAGACCACGAACACUAUGACAUGGGCGAGCAUGAGGAGGUUCACUACGGCAGCCGGAACGACAGCUCCGAGGAACGUGGUGUCCAUGAGGACAGCAGCCAUCUUCAGGAGAAUGUUUCUGAGGAGCAGCCGGAUCGUGACGAUCACGAAGAACCAUACGAUGAAAACGAGCACAACGACGAUCACGACGAACACUAUGACCACGAACGACAUGAUGAUGAAGAUACUGUACAUCAAUAUGAUCACGAUGAUCAGGACCAUGAAGAACGAGAUGAUGAUGAUGGCAACGAUCAUUACGAUCACAACGAGCACGAGAGCGAGGACCACAACCUGGAUAACGACGAGGGCAGGCGGGACGGCAACGACAGCCACGCCGAACACGAUAGCCAUUCGGAACACGACAGCCACGAAGACGACGACGAGCAUCAUCAGCAUGUCAUGUUUGUCGAAACCGGCAGGAAUGGCACCCGCGACCACGUGGGAGCGGCGACCACCACGGACGAGACCUGGCUGGACGGACACCCGGUGGCCGCCCACCCUAACGAGGUCGAAAAACUCCUCCCUGGCACCAGCGUGUCGGAAACACCAGAAUCUCUGGAGACCGCCGCCCCGGACAACCCCGCCUCCUCCUCUGAUACCCUCGAGUACGACACCCAGCAGGUGGUCCCCACCCACUCGUGGCUCCUGGACCUCACCCAGCAACCCUUCCCGGAUCCGGCACAGGGCGGCGACACCUCGGCCGGGGCCGCGGGGGAGCGCGCCAACUUGCCCGGUGAGGCUGGUGAGAGGGGCGAGGUGGAGGGCGAGAUGGGCGAGACGGUGUGCGUCGGGGACAACUGCCCACCUCCCAGAGCCUCACGCCGGGGCCCCACCGUGGCGGCCAUUAUUGCGGCGGUCUGCGUGGUGGCAGCGGCCGUCAUAUUGACCGUGUGGUGCUACCGGCGGCGACAGCAGAAGAGCUCGGCGUACAACAUGAACGGGAAGGGACAAAGCACCCAGCACAUGGAGAUGCAGCAGAAAGUUUAAGGGAGGGGGAGGGGCGGUAUUAAGAGACAAGUCGGACCACGAUUUAAAAACCACAACAGAGGAGGGCCGCGUCGAAAUGUUACUACGGACUGAGGUCGUGACCUCCAAGGAGGCUUUUGCACAUUGUGGUAUUUUGCCCGCUUUUGUUGUUUUCUUGCUGUUGCUAUGUUUGCCACGCGCAUCAAUUUUUCCCCCCCCUGUGCUUUACGACUUCGCUUUCAAGCGGAGUGUCGAGCAGUCGUAGAAUUACCGAUUAGCCGUCUGAAAUGACUGACACGUAGUCGGUAAUGAAAUAUCGCAAUUUGCCGUCGUGAUGAUGAAUGUAACAAAUGAUAUUUACUUGUUGGUGUGAUUAUUACUCACGGUAUGAUGUGUGCAAUCGUGGACAUGACGUUGUCAAUUCGAUCGCUGAGGUCAAAAAGUGUACGGCGUUUAUUUCUGGAAAUUGAGGUGGGGGUGGGGGGGGUGCAAGACGAACGUCAUUUUCAUCAUAAAUCAGCUCCGUUUUUAAGAUGGCGUCUUUGUGUCCCGUUGGCUUGAAUAAACUCCCGGAACGUAAAAGUCUGCUUUAUUACAUCAUACUGUUUUUCAAAGCGUCACCCAAAAAAAUGAAAAAGGACAAAACACAUUCACUUGGGAGGGAAUUUUCCACUGUGGACAUUUUAACGGGUGCGUGCGACAAACUGCACCGAGGCUCGAUGUUCAAACACGAUUCAACACGUGCGUGUGUGCUCGCUCGGACUGCAGCCGCCCUCGAAGCUAAUCGUCUUUGUGAUGACGACGAUGUAAACUGCGCAUUCGUCGCUUUUUUGGGGGGUCAUUGAAGACACCUCGGAUGUUUCGGCAACGGCUUUUAUUGUCAACCGAUUCACAGCGGAGCCAUUCAUUCAAGUAACAGCAAGUAUAAAAAUGUCAUCUACCCCCCCACCCCACCCACCAUAUAAUAAAAUGAGGCUGGAAAAGAUUCUUUUGUAACAACAAAUUUCAAUAAAUAAAUGCUGAUGUGCUUUUGCUUUCAGGGUGAAUUUUUGCUAAUCCAGAAACUCAUCUAUGAAUUCCACCACCUCACCCUGCGAACAACACACAAACAUAAAGUCAAUUAGAUUCAGGAAAUGUUUGUAUAAAUAAUAGAGGACAUUUAUAUCAAGCAGUAAAAAAAUAAAAAUAAAAAAAU